ACGCGCGUGUCGCCUCCAACGCUCGCGCCCGCGACCACUCACUCAGCCAGCGACGCCGCACACGGCGGUGGCAGGCCCGGCCUCCGCUCCAGCCGGGCCGGCCCGAAUCCCGCGGCACAUGUGACCCCGCAAAAUGAGUGCCCUCGUUUACGUCGUUAGUUGAUAGAAGCCUGGCAUGCCGAUGUAAGUCUCGAUCAGUCGAUGACACAACCAAGGAGGACCCAUGUCUUACUGGGGUGGUGUUAGCCUAAGAUGGUGUUGGCGUUUGUGGUCGGAGUCCUGUGCGUGUGGGGCCGCUUGAGCGUCGCCAACCCUGAAGCGAAGCGGCUGUACGACGACCUCCUGUCGAACUACAACAGACUGAUCCGGCCAGUGGGCAACAACUCGGACCGGCUCACCGUCAAAAUGGGCCUGCGGUUGAGUCAACUCAUCGACGUUAAUCUUAAGAAUCAAAUCAUGACAACGAACGUUUGGGUAGAACAGGAAUGGAACGAUUACAAGCUGAAGUGGAACCCCGACGACUACGGUGGCGUCGAAACCUUGCACGUGCCUUCCGAACACAUUUGGCUGCCAGACAUAGUGCUUUAUAACAAUGCGGACGGUAACUACGAAGUGACGAUCAUGACGAAGGCGAUACUCCACCACGACGGUAAAGUCAUAUGGAAGCCCCCCGCCAUCUACAAGUCCUUCUGUGAGAUAGACGUCGAAUACUUCCCGUUUGACGAACAAACUUGUUUCAUGAAGUUCGGCUCGUGGAGUUACGAUGGUUAUACGGUGGAUUUGCGGCAUCUAAAACAAACGCCAGACUCUGAUCAAAUAAAGAUGGGUAUAGACUUGUCAGAAUACUAUAUAUCAGUAGAAUGGGACAUCAUGCGGGUACCAGCGACUCGAAACGAAAAGUUCUACUCGUGCUGUGAAGAACCUUAUCCUGAUAUCAUUUUCAAUCUCACUUUAAGAAGAAAAACUCUCUUUUAUACGGUCAAUCUUAUUAUACCUUGCGUUGGGAUCUCUUUCCUAUCAGUGCUCGUAUUCUACCUCCCUUCAGAUUCAGGAGAGAAGAUCUCUCUCUGCAUCUCUAUCCUGCUGUCUCUGACCGUGUUUUUCUUAUUGUUAGCAGAAAUUAUCCCACCGACCUCUCUAACCGUUCCUCUGUUAGGGAAGUAUUUGUUAUUUACAAUGAUGCUAGUUACAUUAUCAGUAGUAGUCACAAUCGUGGUGCUAAACGUAAAUUUUAGGUCGCCAGUAACGCAUCACAUGGCACCGUGGGUGCGGAAAGUCUUUAUAGAGUUUUUACCUCGAAUAUUAUGUAUACAAAGGCCUGAAAAACCACCAGACGAUGAUGACAAUGAUAAACCCACGGAGGUUCUCACUGAUGUCUUCGGUGGUGAUGAAAUGGACGGGAAAUUUAAGGAGUGGGGAUGUGAAGAAUAUGAGCUACCUGGUAUGCCGCCCUCCCCGCCUCCUCCGCCGGGAGGUGAUGAUGAAUUAUUUUCACCUCCACCGGGGUCACCUUGUCGCCUAGACUUAGAUGAUGAUACUCCGUCUCUGGAUAAACCCUAUGUUAGAGAGAUGGAGAAGACUAUAGAGGGUUCGAGAUUUAUAGCACAACACGUAAAAAAUAAGGAUAAAUUCGAAAGUGUGGAAGAUGACUGGAAGUAUGUAGCUAUGGUACUCGAUAGGAUUUUCCUAUUCGCAUUCACGAUAGCGUGCGUCGUCGGGACCGCGCUAAUUAUAUUUAGGGCGCCCACUUUCUACGACAACUCGAAGCCUAUAGAUAUUUUGUACUCGAAGAUCGCAAAAAAGAAGUUGGAACUCCUAAAGAUGGGGUCUAUAAACGACCCGGGUCUCUGAAAUUCGUCUUACGUCUUCGGCCACUCGCCGCCGAAGACGUUCUGGGAGCUGAUCGUCAUGUGGUGGCACGGAUGAUCUAUGUAAAGCUCCCAGAGGGGAACUGCUAGGCGAGAACUCAUUUGUGCUCAGUGUGUGCCAAGCGCCCGGUGCGCCGCGGAACGUUCUACGCCGCUUGCGUGUCCAAAGCCGUCUUUUUAUAUGUAAACUUAUCAAGACUGUGUCCAUCGAUAGUCGAAGUAAGGAGUAACCUCAACAGUUUUAUUUUCGUGUAUAUUGUUUGUAUCAUUUGCGAAUGUAAUUUCUUUAAUAUACGCACAA